AUGCGUCUCACCCAGCUUGUUGCGACUAUCUUGUCGGCAGCCACUCUCGCCGCCUCGGUCGAUUGGAAAGCGACACCUUUCAAUCCCUCUGCGAUCCCUCUUGCUGUACGCUCGCCGUAUCUCAACACAUGGCUGGCUCAAGGAGGAAACGGCCGCGCUCUUAGUUCCACUUGGCCAUCCUUUUGGACCGGACAGGCAUGUCCCCGUCUCGCCAAAAUUGAUGGUAUCAACUACAGUUGGUUGGGCACACCUGCGGUCGAUGGGGUGACCUACACCAGAGCCACUCAGAAGUCGGUGACUAUCACGGCCACCCAAAGUAUCUUCGUACUCUCUGCUGGUCCCGUCGAUCUUACCGUGACUUUCUUGAGCCCCGUCGAGCCUAAUGACCUGGUCAAACAAUCUUUCCCCUUCUCUUACGUCUCCGUUGUCGCUGCCUCAACAGAUGGCGCAUCCCACAAGGUUUCUAUCUAUUGCGACAUCAGUGGUGAAUGGAACUCUGGCGCGAACACUUGGACAAUCAACUGGGAGACCACCAAGGGUGAUAUCCUUACACACCGAGUGCAAACAGCAGCCCAAGCUCAAUACGAAGAGAUCAACGAUGUCACCCAGUACGGUUCCAUCUACUGGUCCACAGUGAACUCUGCGGGCACGACAACACAAACCGGCCCUGAUCGUCAAGUUCGCGAAGAAUUCCUCAAGAACGGAAAGCUUACCAAUGCCCUCGAUAAGACUUUCCGCCAAAUUUACAAUUCCUGGCCUGUGUUUGCGCAUGCUCAUGACCUCGGUUCCGUCUCUUCCACCGCGACAAAGCCUAAACUGUUCACAAUUGGACAUGUCCGUAAUCCUUCUAUCCAGUACAUCGUCGCCGGUGGAUCUUAUCAAGACCGUUCUCCGUACUUCUUCACGAAGUUCCCGACCGUUGCCGCCGCCUUGACCUCAUUCGUCAACGAUUUCUCCGCCGCGCUCACCCGUGCCAAUGCCUUCGAUGCCAAAGUUCAGGCCGACGCAUCUAAGAUCUCUGCCGACUAUGCUGGUGUCGUCGCCCUUUCUAUCCGUCAAGCUCUUGCUACCAUCGAGAUCACAACCUCCAAGACUGCCUUCGGAACUUACGACCCGAACGAUGUCAUUGUAUUCAUGAAAGAAAUUUCCAGCAACGGGAACAUGAACACCGUCGACGUUAUCUUCCCUGCCUGGCCAGUUUUGCUCUACGUCAAUCCCGCGCUUGGAAAAUAUUUGCUUGAAGGUGUUUUGCGUUAUCAGGCGACCGGCCAGUACCCGAACAAAUGGAGCAUCCACGACAUUGGCGGAAACUUCCCCAAAGCUAUCGGCCAUAACGACGGUGGAGAUGAAGCAAUGCCAGUAGAAGAAAGUGGCAACAUGAUCAUUAUGGCGCUGAGCUAUGCCCAAAAAACCGGAGAUCUCUCUCAUAUCAAAAAAUACGUACCCUUAUUCGACCAAUUUGCUCAGUUCUUGGUCAGCGACAGUCUUAUUCCUGCCAACCAAAUCAGCACCGAUGACUUCGCUGGCCCGCUUGCCAAUCAGACUAACUUGGCCAUCAAAGGAAUCAUUGGGAUUGGUGCCAUGGGAGAGAUCCAUAAACUGCUCAAGAACAACGCCCAAAGCGCCAACUACUCGUCCAUUGCUGCCUCUUACGUUCCCCAGUGGCAGAAACUUGCCACCGCAGCUAGUGGAGACCAUCUGACGCUUGCUUACGGACAAGACAAUACUUGGGGCCUCACAUACAACCUCUUCGCUGACAAACUCCUCAAGUUGAACCUCUUCCCUCAAUCCGUCUACGACAUGCAAACUGCGUGGUACACUUCUCAUACCAAUGCUUUUGGUGUCCAGCUCGAUACGCGCCACACCUAUACGAAGACUGAUUGGGAAAUCUGGACGGCGACUUGGGUCACUAGCACUGCACUGCGCGACACCCUCAUUGGUGCGGUCAAAAGCUUCGUCUCGGACGGCAAAUUUGAUGGGCCGUUCUCCGACUGGUAUGACACUGUCAGUGGGAACCAGGUUGGCUUCCGUGCCCGUCCAGUUGUCGGCGGGCAUUUGGCUUUCCUUAUUAUGUAG